GAAAAAUUAUACUAUAAUUAUAUGUGUAAAAUUGCUUUGAAUAUGGAUUGCCACGAAGUUUUCAACAAAUAGUUAUUGAAAAACAAAUUUGUGAGCAAGCAAUAAUAUUUGGAUCAAAUUAAUUUCAGUUAAAUAAAUGAAAAUUUUAAAUGGAAAACAUUGAAGGUAAACUUAAUGAAUAUCGUUUAAGACAAAGACGCAAAGAAAGAUUCAAGAAAUUUGGCGAUGCAGUUAAGAGCUUUAUCAUUUCAGCUGUUACAAAAGAAGGCGACGUGGAAGAAAAACAAUCAAGAAUUCUCAUAGAGGAUGAUGAGGAGAAUAAACCAUUAUUGCAUCCACAAACAAAAAAUAAUAAUCAGAGACUAAUAAAGAAUAAUGUUAUGUAUGAUAACGAUAGCGGGGAAGUGGAGAGUGAAUCUGAAUUUGAGUCGAACAUUCCAGAAACCGAGAUCGAAUCCGAAAGCAAAUAUUUUAAAUAUUUCAAAAUCAUUGUUUAUAUACUGUUUUGGGUAACUUUGUACGCAAUCGCUAUCGAACUAGGUUUUGGCAUAGUAUUUUUAAUAAUCUCUGCGCUAGUAGGAAUGUAUUUAAACACACGCACUAGUCCAAAACACUCCAAGGAAUUGAGCGCAUAUAGCGUAUUUAAUGAAAAUUGCAAAGGCAUUGAAGGAUCGUUAACCGCAGCGCAGUUUGAACGCGAAAUGGGCUAUAGAACUUAAGCAUUUUAAAAUCUUCCUAUUAUGACAGUGAUUUUACAAUUUAAUUAUAUCUAUUAAAGUAAGUUAUA